AUGAUUGCUUCAUUCACCUCCAAUUUAGUCCUUCGAUUCACCUUGUUGAUGAUGAUGAGAAUUCGACCAACAGUUUUCCUACUUGUAUUUUCGUUCUUCAUCGUUUCACCCAGUGAAGGGGAUAAUUCAACGCACUGUAGUCAAUACUGCAGAGGCAGGAGAGUAAAUCGUUAUCUUCCGUCGCCGUUUGGGUUCACCGCCGGUUGUGGAGUCCAGUUAAAUUGCAGUGAAAAAGGAGACAUCAAAAUUGGGGAAUUUCAAGUUCAGAAUGUGACUGCAGAUUACAUAUUGGUCAAUAUUCCGCCGAAAUGCAACCGUCCGAUCGAAGAUCUCCGGCAAGUGAACGGUGACAAUUAUGCGCUGUCUUGGAGGAAUGGUUUUCUCUUGCAAAACUGUACCUCACCGUCGAAUGAUUGUGUCUUACCAUAUAGUCUGGUGGAGAAUCGGUUCCAAUUACAGGAUUGUGAAUCGAAGGGAGAUAAUAUAAGUUGUUAUUCAGAAGCGUACAGCGGUUCAGAAAUCAUGGACUUCAACAACUUGAGAAGUACCAAUUGUAAGGUCUUGUUCACGUCGAUCGCUGUCGAUUUGAGUAAUAGUUCGAGGAACAAUUCGGCGGUGUCGCUGGAGUUUCAGACGUUGGAGUUGCAGUGGUGGUUGAGAGGGCAGUGCCAGUGCACAAAUAAUACGAUUUGCAAGAAGUUUUCGCUUCCCGACGGAGCGACAGGGUUUCGGUGCUCGUGUAAGGAUGGGUUCGCCGGAGAUGGAUUCGCCAGCGGUGGUGGUUGCCGGAAAGAAGGCGCCACCUCAGUGAACUUUGUCAUUCCCAUUGGAAAUGUUGUGGCCAUAAGGUCAUAA